AUGUUCGUACGUCCAAUGCCUUGUACAAAUGACAUGACUAGCGUCAUCUCCCCACUUCCUAUCAAAGCUUGUCUAGCAAUAUCAUUCGAAUAUCCUUUAUCGUGCUCUGAACCAUCAAAUGAAGAAGCAGCGCAUGCCGAGUUGUUUUCCAUUAUGGCCCAGCACAAUUACAGUUACCAACGAAAUAACUGCAUGACUUCUCCUGUUUCUCGCACCAUCAAUCCUAUGCCCAAUGACACCUUGUUUUGUACUGUCCAUGCGGCUACAAUAGCAACUGUGCGCGCCGUGACUGCUGCUCAUCGAGGACAAGAUUGUGUUGCCCCAGAGCGAGGCUUUGUCUUGCCAGCUGAUACUUGUGUACCCAUGGGAAAGACACGUUCUUACAGUACAAAUUCUGGAGAGAUGGCCACUCGCCUUUUAUGCUCCAUCCUUUUCUCCCUCAUUUCGCCCCAAUAUAUUGACUCAUAUCAUGUUUUGGAUGGCAUGCUUGCCGCGGCUUGGAAGACAUACUGGAGAGCAAUUCUUGAUGAUGUGGCUUUUGUUCCUACCAAUUUAGUUGCUUCCGUGAACACAUAG